UGGUUUAGGGGGGCUCAGGUUGGUGCCACAUUUCACCGUUAGUUGUCCUACGUUGUGCCGAUGGCCAGUGAUGGACGGAACUGCACCUCUCGCCCCUCAGGUUUCUUGAUUUGCUAGGCAAGCGUGAGGCACUCCGGCAUGCAGGCUUCUCACAAAAUGCUGUUGUAGCUGAUCUUGAUAAAUAAUAGUUGUUGGGUGAAAGGAUUGGCCCCUCCUGUUCUGGUAGUCCAGAGGGCUUGCCAAUGCCUAGAAUGAAUUCAUUGUUUCAGCCUGGGGAGACUCAGGUAUGUAUCUGGUAUUUCCCAGGAGAGGGUGUAACCAUCAGAAAUGCUUAAUUAUUUAAUGUUGGGUUUGGAUUCAGCUGGAUGGACACAUAACUUUUAGGUAAAAGAUACACAGAGGCACUGAAAAUUCAAGUUCAAAGUAUCUAACUUAUCUUCUGUUGGGUUCUGCUCUUGUCUCUCUCACCCACUUAGGUGAGGGUGACUGGUAUCAGAAGGGAGAUUUAUCUUUCCUGUUUGAACAGACGAGUGGCAGCCAAAAUACUUUGUUCUUCCCAUUACAAAUAGGUGGUUUUACUACUUAUUAAUACCUCUUCCUCUCCUUUAGCUAUUUAUCUUUCUGUAUCCACGUGUGUGUCCCCCAUGCCUUUUCAGGACUCUUUAGACCUGGCUCUCCUUUGCUCUUUAAGCCUUGGCAAAUCACUUGCACCUUUGUGAAUCACAUUGCCCAUUGUGAAACAGAGAUCCUUGCCUACGUGUAGGAUAUCAGCUUGGGAUUAAGAGGUGUUACUAAAGCAUGACAUACGGAUAUUAGAGGAAAAUAUCUCUUAAGAGACAGCUACUGUUGCAUCUGUGCAUCUACUGUUAAGUUUUACAUGGAAGUCAUUUGCUUUUCAGAGUGUAAAAAAAUGGAUUUGGCCAACCAUGGACUUAUUCUGCUGCAGCAACUAAAUGCUCAGAGAGAGUUCGGUUUCCUGUGUGACUGCACAGUUGCCAUUGGUGAUGUCUACUUCAAGGCACACAAAUCGGUCCUUGCUUCUUUCUCCAACUACUUCAAGAUGUUGUUUGUUCAUCAAACCAGUGAAUGUGUCCGUUUGAAAGCAACUGACAUACAGCCAGACAUCUUCAGUUAUCUCUUGCAUUUGAUGUACACUGGGAAGAUGGCACCGCAGCUCAUUGACCCAGUUCGACUAGAACAGGGAAUAAAGUUUCUGCAUGCAUAUCCACUAAUUCAAGAGGCCAGCCUUGCAAGUCAGGGAACUUUUUCUCACCCGGAUCAAGUUUUUCCAUUAGCAUCUUCAUUAUAUGGCAUUCAGAUCGCAGAUCACCAGAUAAGACAUCCCACUAAGGUUACAUCAGCGACUGACAAACUCGGGCGAGAACCAAGGCCACAGACAUCACGGAUGAACCAAGAGCAGGUUUCUGAAGGCUCACAGCUCUCACAGUUAGCUACAACUCUGCCACAAGUGACCCGGACAAGUAUGUCCACUUCUGACCCAUUGCCAUCUUCUUUAUCUCCAGAAUUGGUAUCUGCUGCUGGUAAUAAUUCACCUGCAGGAGAAGAGGCCAACAUGGAAGCAUCUUCUUCAGAUGAACAGCCUGCCUCACUCACAAUAGCACAUGUCAAGCCAAGCAUUAUGAAAAGGAAUGGAAGUUUCCCAAAAUACUAUGCCUGCCACCUCUGCGGUCGCCGGUUCAAUUUGCGAAGUAGUUUGCGUGAGCACCUGCAGAUCCACACGGGAGUUCCCUUCACGUCUAGCCAGCAGGGAGAAAGUAAUAUUUCUUUGUCUCUCUGUAACAACACAGCUGAUAAAGAUGCCGUGGAAGUGCCUGAAGCAGGGAUGAUUAGUGACAGCGAGCUGCAGCAGAUCUCAGACUCCCCAAUAAUUGAUGGGCAGCAGCAGUCAGAGACACCGCCCCCUUCUGAUAUUGCAGACAUAGACAACUUGGAGCAGGCAGACCAAGAGAGGGAAGUAAAAAGACGGAAAUACGAAUGUUCCAUCUGUGGUCGCAAAUUUAUUCAGAAAAGCCACUGGAGGGAGCACAUGUACAUACACACUGGCAAGCCCUUCAAGUGCAGCACUUGUGAUAAAAGCUUUUGUAGGGCUAACCAGGCUGCCAGACACGUGUGCCUAAACCAGAGCAUGGACACGUACACGAUGGUGGACAAACAGACUCUGGAACUCUGUACUUUUGAGGAAGGCAGUCAAAUGGACAACAUGCUAGUACAGACCAACAAGCCCUACAAAUGUAACUUGUGUGACAAAACGUUUUCAACUCCCAAUGAAGUAGUCAAACAUUCGUGCCAAAAUCAAAACUCUGUCUUUACACUAGAAGAAGAUCGCUCCAUUCUGCUAGGUGGUGGGGACACAGAAGCCACAGAGACUGAUAAUGCAGUGUUAGCCUCCAUCAAAAAGGAGCAGGAAGCAGUGUUGUUAGACUGAAUGUGAAACCUAUAUCAAUUUUUUAAAAUUUCUUUACUCAUUUUUUAUUAAAUCAAUUUUUUCCUCCCCCCACCUCUUACCUCACUUACCCCUGCCAUCUUUUCCACCAGCCUCCUUCCCACCCUUUGUCUUCAGCAACCAGAACUGUACUGGCACGUUAGGAAAUUGGACUUUGCCUCUCCCACCAAAACAAACAAAAAGCUCUUGCAUCAAACCACAACAUAAUUGAUUUUAAUACAAAGGAAGGUGUGAAAAAAUAAUCCAGCUAACUAUGUUGAUAGUAUUAGUUAAUCCAAAUUUAAUAGAUUUUAAACAAAAUUUAGAUUGCUUAAAAGUGUAUUUAGAUACAAUGAUGAGUGUAAUGAGAAACAGAGUAUCAGUUUGGUAAGCAAAGAAAAUAUAUAUAUAUAUAUAUAUGUAUAUUACUUUCCCUGGUAAAAGGCAUUUUGGGAAGAUCUGGCAAAUUAAACACCAUGCUUUUUAGAAGUCCACAUGCAAGUUAAUUAACGUUAUAACUUAAAACCCUCAGAACUUUUUGCAACGAAUGCAAAAAUCUCUGUUCAUUGAGUUAAAAAGAGCUGAGGGUGUUGGGUUUCUUUUAGCCUUACGUUUUCUUUCAAGUAUGCCUUUGGGUAUCUGUUUCAGAUGCAUCGAGUCAAGCAAAAAGUAGUUACUUUUAGUCAAAUUUUGACUUAAGUAGCUGUAAUAAUAAUGUGAUGGCAAUCUUUAUAUAUAUAUAAAAUACUGUAUAUGUAUAAAGAUUUUUAUAUAUAUAUAUAUAGAAAGUGUUUGUGUGUAUAUUUGGUACAGGUAAAUAAAUGCACACAUCCUUUUUAAGUAACUGGCCGUCUACUCUCAGAUUCAGCCCAGAAAGUCUUUUAGUUGUUUGACAAAACUAGUCAUUGCACAGGUUAUUUUUAAUCAAAUUUAAAACAUCCUGAGCUGUGUGCAUUUUUAUUGGCCUGUUGAAGAGAAGCUAAUAGGUAAGUGUUGGCACCCAAGCUACAAAGGAAACUAGAGAAGUGACAUACUGGUGAGCACUGUACCAUCAUUAGUGCAGCACAUGCAUGUGGUGUUAGCUAUAGGUUUGAGUCAUUCUGGAUGAAAGGAGAGAGAAAAGCUUUAUUGCCUUACUCAAGCAAGGAAUGUCCAUGAUUUCAUUUGGUCUAAUGGCAUGAGUUAAGAGGAAGAAAAAGUGGUGCAGAGAUGUUCUAGCAACAGGGGAUCAUGGUUGUUUUGAAGUGAAUCUGUAGUGCUGGCUGGCAAAUUCUGCUCUGUGAGAGUCCCAUUAUUUUCAAAGCCAAGACAAAGUCUGGAAAAAUUGAAAGGGUGAAUUCUGUAGUUUUAGUUACUGCUGAUGGUAGCACUGCAUCUUUGUGUUAAAAAUCAAGUUGUUGAUUCUUAUUAUUUUAUAUAGAUGCCCAGGUUUUUUGCUGGUAGCCUAAAAACCUAAACUGACAGCAGCAAUGAAGCCCACUGAGCAAUAACUGGGCCAACAGAAGGCAUAAGCGGACAGAAUAAUUGCCCCAUCGUAAAUGGAGACAGUGUGUGUUUUGGGGGGAGGGGCGGGAGAGGGCAAGUCACAAACCACAGCUCUUCUCUGUGUAUACGUUUAAACUGAAUAUCAUCUUUUUGUGUAUAGUUAAGUUCUCAGAUUUGUAAGUUUUUAUACAUCAUUUCAUUGAAUAAAAACUGAAUUAAAUGGGAUAUGAUUUAUUGAGUUGAAGGUGAAAGGUUGUUGGGUUUUGAUCUUCCUGAAAGAGCUCUUACUGAAUUGGUUUAAAAGCCAAGCGAUGUGUUGUCUAUAGGACUAAAACCUCCGUCACAUAGAUGAACAAAUAGCUCGCUAAAGCUUAAAACAGUGGAUUUAGCACAAAAAGUCACUGCAUAUUCAUUUUUUCCAGUUUAUUAUAACGUGACAAUUAUUGUAAAGUUUAUUGUAAGUGGUGUUGAGUUUAUUAUCUCUCUUGUAUUAGAGUAAUAGAUUUAAAAUCAAUUGAUUUUACUUCAAAGUAUACAAGCGUUUUGAGGUAAAAAAGAUGACAUCGUACAGAAUUAUUUUAGUGUUGCCCAUUUUAAAACUUUACUUUAGAGUCUUCAUCUACCAAUAUAAUUUCUUUAAAUGUGUUUUUGAUUUCAUCUCACUUAGUCUGAAAUGCUCUCAGAGUAGGAAAACAAGAAUAAAUCUUUCCUAAUUCAGGGUAAGGUCGGCUUUUGAGGUAGCUGUGGUGUAGGGGAUAGUCACAAGUUCAUUUCCAAAAUGACUACAGCUGCUAAAGGUGCUGCCGCCUUGGCUAUUAGUUACUGCUUAGUCAGAUGCUCUUUUUUUACAGCGCUCCAGGUCUGCUCCAGUGCAGAGCACAACAGUUUAGCUCAACUCCCCAGGUGGCUGGUUGUAUCAGAAGGGUACACACAGAUGCACCAUUUUUUGAGACACUCAGCAGCCCUGGGUCCUUACCUUAUUCCUGCUCUCACCUCUCCUUCUCCACUGUUUGGAGAACAUGGUGUUUGCUCAGUUAGUUACAGGUUAAAUGGGCUCAACUGAACUGAUCCCACUGAAAAACAACCAGUCUUAAAAAAUGCUAUUUUUCUGUCAAAUCUGUUCCCUAUUUCAGCUCUGCAGAGCAUUUCAGACAACUCACGGAUUGUGCAAGGGCAAAGGAAGGAGGCUUACUGAAGCCAGUGUUGCUGCUGGCAACAUCCGGGGUGAAGAGGGUGGGAAGCGGUGACUCCACUUGGUCAGGUCCCUCAUUUGGUGGGCAAUGUGGCCUCGCACGCUGGUGUACUGCCCAGAAAGAAGGGGCAGUGCAGGGCAGGGAACAAGCAGCCGGGGAAGAAGUUGGUUAUGACAGCACUGCUGCUGCAAGAAACAUGAAAUUGCAGGCUCAGCAGAGAUACUUUUUCAUGUUAAUAUUUAUGCUUAAGAAAUACCACUGUCAGGUAAAGAGAAAAAAAAAAUCACAAUAAAGAGAUUAUUUUUA